AUGUCUCCGCAGCUCAUUGACAAGUACAUUGUGAUUGUGAGUAAAUUAAGCUUACCUAUUUAUUCAGAUUAUUUAUAAGUAUAAUUAAUAUUGCAAACAUUGUGAAUUACUUUUUUAUAAACCAUCAUUCAUACUAAUAUUGCUUUAUUUUUCAGGGGUGCGCUUUCGGUGAGAAGACAGUCUCUGUCCGCGUUGGCCACAUCUCAUCGAUCUCUACUGGCUCUCGUGGUUUCUUCUACGGAGACAGCGGUGGUAUUCCGGGGUUCAGUGGAGGUAGUAGUAGCAGUAGUAGUACACGAAGAAAUUUUUUGUAAACAACCAAUAUAUUGGCAUUGACAACCAAAUAAUCGUUUACCUUUUUUUCUAUGUGUAGUAGCAUUUAUCGUAUUUUUGAGGCGGCGCAUUCUGCUCACGAAACGGCUUCCUGAUGGGAAUCGCAAGAGGAAAUGAAUAUGAUGGGAACGAGACGCAUCUGUACGGCAAUGUGCUGGAAAUGAUUUCGGCACCACGUGAGCAUAAAUUUAAUAAUUUCUUUAUCUCACAGUUCAUAAGAUUCAUAAGAAUUUCAUUUUUUUAGUCAUCCUCAACAACAUCGAAGUCUUCGGGCACCAGCCUUUCUCCGUGUGA